GCAGUCAAUGUCCUCGCAGUCGCAAAGUCGAGUCGCGUCGCGUUAACUUACAAACUCUUAUCGAUAAGACGAUACAAAGGUCCCCAGAUCCCAGACACUCAUCUUGGAAGACUUGCGACGGCAGCAAUGGCAAGCUCUGUCCCGCACAAGCUGCACCACAUCCACCUACGAGGCCUCAUUCCCUACGCAACAGCAGCCCGCCUUCAAGAAUAUCUCGUAUCCCGCUUCCUCGCCUCGAAACCGCCACUCAAUGCGUCCCCACCACCACCACCACACAUCAUAACCACCGAAUUCACACCUGUCUACACAUGCGGCCGACGAGAAAUCGGCACCGUCUCCUCAGACCAACAGACCUAUCUCCGCGCUAACAACCGCGCCUCUUUCACUGAAGCCCUCCGCGGCGGCCAAACCACCUUCCACGGCCCCGGUCAACUAGUCGCGUAUCCCAUCAUCGACCUGCGCACCCACAAACUCACACCUAGAAACUAUGUCUGCUUGUUAGAGAAAAGUCUAAUAGCUACCUGUGCGAAAUACGGUAUCAAAGCCAUGACAACAGAGCAUACAGGUGUCUGGACGAGUCCAGAGGAUAAGAUUGCAGCGAUUGGUGUGCAUAUGCGGAGGAAUAUCACGAGUCAUGGGGUGGGGCUGAAUGUGAAUACGGAUUUAUGGUGGUUUGACAGGAUCGUGGCGUGUGGGUUGGAGGGGAAGCGGACGACUAGUUUUGACAGGCAGGGUGUGGAGGGACUGAGUGUUGAGGAGGUUGGGAGGACGUUUGUGGAGGACGUGAGCGAGAGGAUGAUGGGUGUGGACGGGGUGCGGAGGCUGGGUCAAGAGGAGGUCGAAGCGUUGUUGGAGAGUUCAAGAGGGGGGUGAACAUGUUCGAAGGUCUUGACAUCACGCAUUUGGGCUUUGUGCUGCCCGUCGACUGAUACUUGCGUAUGAUGGUGCUUCCAUCGAAGUGGAGUACGCCUGAUUAGUGUACGUGGACCGAACCUUGACGUCAGAGUCGCAUUGCAGGAAAGAGCAAGUGAGGUAUGUCUUUUGCCAA